AUGGCAAGACCAAUCGAUGUUAGUCAGCUGAUUGCUGGUAUAAACAAGAAAAAAGGACUAGAUGAAAAUACAUCAGGUAAAAUCAGCAAGCCUAGGUUUUUGAAUAAACAAGAAAGAUCUAAGCAAGAACGUUUGAAGGAGAACGAAGAGAGUUUGACGCCUACGCAAAGUGAUAGCGCUAAGGUGGAGAUUAAAAAGGUAAACUCUAGAGAUGACAGUUUUUUCAAUGAAACAAAUGAUAAGAAGAGAAAUCCAUCAAAGCAAAAUGGCUCUAAAUUUCACUUUUCUUGGAAUGAAAGCGAAGAUACUCUGAGCGGAUAUGAUCCUAUCGUUUCAACUAGAGCUAUAGAUUUGCUAUGGAAGGGAAAGACUCCUAAAAAUGCUGCAGAAUCUUCAUAUAUGGGGAAGCAUUGGACUGAGAAGUCCUUGCACGAAAUGAAUGAGAGAGAUUGGAGGAUACUAAAAGAAGACUACGCUAUUGUUACAAAAGGUGGGACAGUAGAAAAUCCAUUGAGAAAUUGGGAAGAGCUCAAUAUAAUACCAAGGGACUUGUUACGUGUUAUUAUACAGGAGCUGCGAUUUCCUUCACCAACUCCUAUUCAAAGGAUUACUAUUCCAAACGUUUGCAAUAUGAAACAAUAUAGAGAUUUUCUUGGUGUUGCCUCUACAGGUUCGGGUAAGACUUUGGCCUUUGUAAUACCGAUACUAAUCAAGAUGAGUAGGUCACCUCCAAGGCCACCAUCUUUGAAGAUUAUUGAUGGCCCCAAAGCGUUAAUUUUAGCUCCAACAAGGGAAUUAGUGCAGCAAAUUCAAAAAGAAACACAAAAAGUUACAAAAAUAUGGUCCAAAGAGAGCAACUAUGACUGCAAAGUAAUUUCUAUUGUUGGUGGACACUCCUUGGAGGAAAUUUCAUUUUCUCUAUCGGAGGGUUGUGACAUCCUGGUGGCCACUCCAGGACGUUUAAUUGACUCUUUAGAAAAUCACUUACUUGUGAUGAAACAGGUGGAGACAUUAGUACUAGAUGAAGCUGACAAAAUGAUUGAUUUAGGUUUUGAGGACCAAGUAACAAACAUUUUAACUAAAGUCGAUAUAAAUGCUGACUCUGCUGUGAAUAGACAAACCCUGAUGUUUACCGCUACAAUGACACCCGUUAUAGAAAAAAUUGCAGCAGGAUACAUGCAAAAGCCUGUUUAUGCAACCAUUGGGGUUGAGACGGGUUCUGAACCUUUGAUUCAACAGGUUGUGGAAUAUGCAGAUAAUGACGAAGACAAAUUCAAAAAGUUGAAGCCAAUUGUCGCUAAAUAUGAUCCACCAAUAAUAAUUUUUAUCAAUUACAAACAAACUGCUGAUUGGUUAGCAGAAAAGUUUCAAAAGGAAACCAACAUGAAGGUGACGAUUUUACAUGGUUCUAAAUCGCAAGAGCAAAGGGAACAUUCUUUGCAAUUAUUUCGCACCAACAAAGUCCAAAUCAUGAUCGCAACAAACGUUGCCGCAAGAGGAUUGGAUAUCCCUAAUGUUUCCUUGGUAGUCAAUUUCCAGAUUUCCAAAAAAAUGGAUGACUACAUCCAUAGAAUUGGUAGAACAGGUCGUGCAGCAAAUGAGGGCACUGCUGUCUCCUUUGUUAGUGCCGCUGAAGAUGAAUCAUUGAUACGUGAACUUUACAAAUACGUCAGGAAACAUGAUCCCUUGAAUAGCAAUAUCUUUUCCGAAGCCGUAAAGAACAAAUAUAACGUCGGCAAACAGCUCAGUAAUGAGAUUAUAUAUUAA